AUGAGGAUAGUGCUGCAAGCUCUGUUCUUGAACGUUGCCAUCAAUGGAGGCUUUGUCGAUGUGUCGCCAGGGAAGACCUUAUCACUUGAAGAAAUACUUCAGAUGUCCCUGAAAAACGUGGUUUCUCCCAACACGACAGUUUUGAACCAGGGAACUUCCCAGGAACUACCAAAGGUCAAAUUCAACCACGUCAAUGAGGGGGAUUAUUCGAUUCCUGAGAUCAAUGAAAAGAGUGGAGUGAACAAAGGCAACAAACAUCUCUUUCAAGGAGAUAUCCUCCUCACAGAGUUGAGAAUCAUCGGAGUUUUCGUGAAAGGAGCGAUGCUGUGGCAGAAAGAUUCAUGUCUCAAUUUCGUAUAUAACCCUAUAGCUAACGAUCGGAUCAAAGUUAUGAAAGGCCAGGGUUGCUUGGCAGCAAUUGGGAAAAACGGUGGUGAGCAGCUAUUAUCGCUGGGACAAGGAUGUGAUUCA